UUGCUCAUAAUGUUCUACUUCUUGGAGUCUUUCUCCUCCAGUUAUGAAAGUGACACAGUUACUACAGUAUACUUGGAAAACUUACGAAAACAUUAAAUAGUGCAAAUCCAUGUACUUGACAAUGAUCUAAUCAUGUCGGAUAAAGAUGAUACUGAGACUCCAGUGAUAACUGAAGCAACCUCCGUCCUUGAAGAUGGGAGCUCUGAGCCAGCCAAGAAUUCCAAGUCUGUUGACCGAAGUACCAAGCCAGAGAGUAAACCAGAACCUGUAGUUUCUACUCGGAAAAGACCAGAGUCCAAACCUUCCACUGACCUUGAGACUUCAGAAGUUCUCUCUGUUCAGGCAUCACAGGCUGCAGGCAAAGAAACUGUUUCCAGAGAUGAACCCCAGACCAGUUGGGGCUAUUGGGGCAGAUGGGGCAAGUCCUUGCUCUCCUCGGCUUCAGCUACAGUUGCUACAGUAGGACAAGGUAUUUCAAAUGUCAUUGAAAAGGCAGAGACUUCUCUUGGAAUCCCUAGUCCCAGUGAAAUUUCAACUGAGGAGCAAUAUGCAACAGGAGAGACAAAUGCCAAAGAGAAUGAAAACUUCUCCUCAAUGACUGGACCAUUUGGUGUAUUCUCGACUAUCUCCACUGCUGUUCAGAGCACAGUGAAGAGCAUGAUCAGUGGGGGUUUGGAUGCCUUAGAAUUCAUUGGGAAAAAGACAAUGGAUGUAAUAGCAGAAGGGGAUCCUGGAUUUAAAAGAACCAAGGGUCUGAUGAACCGGCAUUCUACACUAUCUCAGGUUUUACGAGAGGCGAAGGAGAAGGAAGAGCAGUGGACCUCCAAUGAGGUUACCGUAGACAUGGACAAGAAAACUCACUAUGGUCUACUAUUUGAUGAAUUUCAAGGCCUUUCACAUCUAGAAGCUCUGGAGAUGCUUUCCAGGGAAAGUGAAAUAAAGGUGAAAUCUAUCCUUAGUUCUUUAAGUGGAGAAGAAUUAGAGACGCUAAAACUUGAAUUGGAGCAACUGAAAGAAGCAUUUUCCUUAGCAGAGUUCUGUGAAGAAGAGGAAGAAGAGAAAAAAGAGGAUGAAGACUUUACCAAAGAGAUAACAGAGUUAUUUUCCCAGCUGCAUGUCUCCUCCAAACCAGAGAAACUUGCCAGGGCAAGAAAUACAGCCUAUGAAUGGAUUAGGACAUCUCUGGCCAAGCCCUUAGAAGAGAAGGGAGAAGGAGAAAAACAGUUGGAAGGAGAAAAAACUGAGCAACUCAAUAAAAAUUCAGUAGAGGAUAUCCAUGCAUUUGCAAUCCGGAGCCUAGCAGAACUGACGGCCUCUUCAAUUGAACUGUUUCACAAAACAGCAGCUCUGGUUCUGCAUGGCCGGAAGCAGGAAGUGACAGCCAUAGAAAGGAGCAGAACUCUUUCCAGGAUGACAGUUGUGUUGUGUAAAGAGUUAUCCUCUCUGUCUAAAGAAUUUACCACCUGCCUAACAACUGCUGGGGUCAAAGAAAAGGCAGACAUCCUUAAUCCAUUAAUUACUGCAGUAUUUCUAGAGGCAUCAAAUAGUGCUUCCUAUAUUCAAGAUGCCUUUCAGCUACUCUUACCUGUACUGGAGAUCUCACUUAUUGAGAAUAAGACUGAAUUACCAGAGGCAUGAAUUGCAGGUCCAGAGGCCUUUGUCAGAACAUUGAAGAAAGGGAAGAUUUCAACCUGAGACUUGUGAUGGCCAAGAAAUGCCACUGUAUUCUGGGUACCCUUGCGCAAGUGAGGGAGAAGGGUUAUUUUAGUAUAUAAAAAUUCAGGUAGGAUAGCUGGUUUACAGGAAAUUCGUUGCCUUCACUGCUUGGCUGCAGUAUUCAGGUUCUCACACUGCUCUUUCCAGUUCUUAUAAUUAAUAAAUUAUUUGAAGAGUAACUUUUAUGAGAAAGUUCAAAAAUAAUAGCUCUAGAAAAGUCUAGUGCGACACCCAGGCAAAAAUAUUGGUCUUUCUUUGACAAUCCAAAAAGCUAACAGUUUUGUCAUGGAUAUGAUUUCGUAGCCCAUAGAUAUAACUGGUUGUUAAGCAGGAGAAAAAGAACUUAAUUUACUAUUCUAGAAUUCACAUGCUUUAUAUGUUAAUGCUAUAUACAUUCUCCUUUCUAUAAUAAAAUCUGUGGUUUCAAGACAUCUGAGUAUA